AAGCGAAAACUUCGGUGAGCGUCACUGCAAACAGCCUGAGUGCUUUAACUCCCCAACUGACCUAACUGAUUUGCAGCUACAAACAGCCCUCUCAAACAGUAAAACCACUCCAAAUGGCAGUGUUUUAGUCAGGCUGUGUAAGAAUGCUUCUCCACCUCUCGCUGAGUACCCCAGAGGGCCUCAGUCAGCAUUUUGCUCUUCGCUACAGCCACCACACUUUUCUCAUUAGGAAGACAUUGAAGAGACGUCUCUCUUUUUACCUCUCCAUCUUUCUCUCUUUCCUUUCUCCUUUCCAUUGACGCAGUGGGUUUUUCAACACGUGAAAUAAAUGCCUGUUUAGUCGGGGAAGAUUUGCCUUCACUGUAAGUGUCCCCAAGAAGAGCACUUUGUAACAGUUAUGCCUCUGGAGAUGGAGAAGACGGUGACCAAGCUCAUGUUUGACUUUCAGAGGAAUUCCACUUCUGAUGAUGACUCAGGCUGUGCCUUGGAAGAGUAUGCAUGGGUGCCUCCGGGUCUCAAACCGGAACAGGUUCACCAGUACUACAGCUGCCUCCCAGAAGACAAAGUGCCCUACGUGAACAGUCCUGGGGAGAAAUUGCGCAUUAAGCAGCUUUUGCACCAACUGCCGCCGCAUGACAAUGAGGUCCGCUACUGCAAUUCCUUGGAUGAGGAAGAGAAGAGGGAGCUCAAACUCUUCAGCAAUCAAAGGAAAAGGGAAAACCUUGGGAGAGGCAAUGUCCGCCCGUUCCCCGUCACCAUGACAGGAGCCAUUUGCGAACAGUGCGGGGGCCAAAUCAACGGCGGCGACAUCGCUGUGUUUGCGUCCAGAGCUGGCCACGGUGUUUGCUGGCAUCCCCCCUGCUUCAUCUGCACGGUCUGUAACGAGCUGCUGGUCGAUCUCAUCUACUUUUAUCAAGAGGGGAAGAUUUACUGUGGCAGACACCAUGCCGAGUGCCUGAAGCCUCGAUGUGCCGCCUGUGACGAGAUCAUCUUUGCGGACGAAUGCACCGAGGCCGAAGGGAGACAUUGGCACAUGAAACACUUUUGCUGUUUUGAAUGUGAAACGGUGCUGGGAGGGCAGAGGUACAUUAUGAAGGAAGGCAGGCCGUAUUGCUGCAACUGCUUUGAAUCUUUGUACGCCGAGUACUGCGACACCUGCGCACAACACAUAGGUAUAGACCAGGGCCAGAUGACUUACGACGGCCAACAUUGGCAUGCUACCGAAACCUGUUUUUGUUGUGCUCAGUGCAAGAAAUCUCUCCUGGGGCGACCUUUCCUACCAAAACAAGGGCAGAUAUUCUGUUCGAGGGCAUGCAGCGUGGGUGAUGACCCGAAUGGCUCAGAUUCAUCGGAUUCGGCAUUUCAGAGCGCGAGAGCAAAGGAGUCCCGCCGCAGUGCCAAAAUUGGCAAGAACAAAGGGAAAGUGGAGGAAAACAUGUUAAAUCCAUGCGGUCAACUGCCAGCAACCUCAAACAGACUUUCUGCUGAUGUGGACCCGCUGUCGCUGCAGAUGGAUUUACUGAGUUUGUCUAGUCAGACUCCUAGCCUAAACAGAGAGCACAUAUGGAGAAGCAGAGAUGAACUCUACCACUAUGGAAAUCAAAUGGAACAAAGUCAAUCCCAAAACCCAUUGCAGCUUCUCAGCCAGUGUAAUAUAAGGACUUCCUACAACCCAGGACAGGUUCCAGGCCCUCAGCCAGAUUUAUGGGGGAAACAUUUCAGCAAUCCAAAGAGAAAUUCAUCUCUGGCAAUGAAGGGGCAUAGUGGAAGUUUCAUCCAGGAUUGCAGAGAAGAGUAUUAUUCAGGAAGGCUUAGGUCCCAAGAAAGCUACAGCGAUAUGUCUAACCAGAGUUUUAAUGAGCCCAGAGGAAGCAUCCAAGUUCCAGAAUAUGAAGAAGAAGAAGAAGAAGGUGAGAUGUCUACCCAACAGUGUCGAACAAGACAUCCUAUCAACGCACUUAAAUUCACCGAGGAUCUAACACCUACUGAGCGAACUCCGCGGGGUUCAAUGGAGUCCCUCGCCCUUUCCAAUGCCACAGGACUCUCUGCGGAGGGAGGUGCCAAGCGCCAGGAGCAUCUCUCUAGGUUCUCAAUGCCUGAUCUGAGCAAAGAUUCUGGAAUGAAUGUCUCGGAGAAGAUGAGUAACAUGGGGACUCUGAACUCCUCUGUGCAGUUUAGAAGCGCCGAGUCGGUCCGGAGCCUCUUGUCUGCACAACAGUACCAAGAGAUGGAGCCGAACUUGCGCAACCCCAUCAGUUACAGAGAGAUGCCACUGCAUGGAAGGAUGCAUCAGAGUUUUGACUAUGGCAGUGGGAUUCCAGGGAACAAAAUUCCUGGACAGGACAGUGCUAGACUUCCCCCCAUGAGCGAGCGCACACGCAGGCGAACUAAUUUCCGGGAGGACGAUCGGCGUUACCGCCCACACAGACCCCGGCGGUCCAGGCGCUCCCGCUCAGAUAACGCCCUCCAUCUGGCCAGCGAACAGUGCUGUCGAUUGAAAGAGAGGCCCUCACUGCGAGCCAGGGAGGACUAUGACCAAUUCAUGCACCAGAGAAGCUGCAGAGAGACGAUGGAACAAGGCUCCCGCAGAGACCUGUAUACUCAGUGCCCAAGGACUGUGUCAGAUCUUGCUUUGCAGAACCAUUUGGGGGAGAGAUGGGGGCCCUAUUUUGCUGAAUAUGACUGGUGUUCUACCUGCUCCUCGUCUUCAGAAUCUGACAACGAAGGUUAUUUCCUUGGGGAGCCAAUACCGCAACCUGCCCGUCUCCGAUAUGUCACCAGCGAGGAGCUCCUGCACAAAUAUGGAUCGUAUGGCAUGCCCAAGUCUUCAACAUUGAGUGGCAGAGGACAGUUGCAUAGCCGAAAAAGACAGAAGAGCAAAAACUGUAUCAUAUCAUAACAGUCUCACCUCCUGGGCACUAUCUGAGAAUGUAAAUUAACUCAUAAACUUGCACUGUUUUAGAUCUUAUAAGCGCUUUUUAUUGUAACAAACAGACCUGAAAACUGGGGAUUUGUAAGAAGGUAGUAGUUUGGCUUCUAUAAGUAGUCAUAAUCAUUGGCACAGUGAAUAUAUUUUGCACAUUUUACUUUGGAGAAAAACAGUUCACAUUAGCCUGUAAUAUUUACCUAGUAUUUUUCUUCUUCUUCCCAAAUACUGCCACUUCUUUAAUCCAGCUUGUCCAUAUGUUUUAGUUACCAUGGAUUACUAUAAUCAACAGUUUGCGACUAGCUUGUGUUCUCCUAAUGCGUUUGGUUUUUAUUCCUCAUUUUGGUAAGUAAUUUGUCUCUCAGUCCGUGCUGGAGUCUAAGUUAUUUCCAUGAUUGUUGUAAAUGCAAUGUAAAUGAGAGUUUGGAGAAAAUAUUUUUGUAUUUUGUAAUAUCAGAGGAAUUUCUAUAUCUUAGGAGUCACUGGGAAACUGCAUGCAUGUUCAUAAUUGUUUUCAGCCAGAGCUAAAUAAAUGGUACUUCAGAAUCCCUGCUCGAUUUGCCAUCAAACGUAUUAAGUAUAUCUGUGAAAUCUUGGGUGAGGAGGGUGUUCAGUCUUUUCAUUCCUGGUAAAUCAAAAAGAACAUUUUAUGCUUUGUUCAAUCUUAGAGGCCUAGCUGGUGUUAUGGAGUCUCCUCCCACUUUCGAUUUGCAGUUACUCUUUCAGUCCAAUCCUGGAGUCUUUACAAUUGCAAAAGUGACGUUUUUGUCAAAUAGAACACACUACCAAAUGUCUGCUAGGUUUUCACAACCAAAGUUGACUUUUCCAUCUCUGUAGAGAAUGCUGAUGUUACUAAACUUUGAGGUGUUCUUUGGAGUACAUAAAAGUGUAAAUGGUGCAAUUGUGUGAUGUCAGCAUGACGUUGUUUUGAGUAGAGAUUUGUCUUCUGGUGCACUAGUUUCCUGGAUUAUGUGAACUGCUGUUCAUUCCCAAAAGGAAUCUUCAACACUGCCUACUCCAUAGCUCCCUAUAAAAUGAAUACAGACUAAUCCCAUUGGGCUGAAUUCCACCCUGGAGCUAUGACCUCUCUCCACCCAGCUCCUUUGAAGGUCAAUAGGGGUUUGGAGUGUGUAGUCCCAGGAUGGGGUUGAGUCCAUUCUUUGGAGUUAGAAUGAAUCGACAAAUUCCUCAGCAUAGCAGAGUGUUAUAUAAAUAGGACUCAAAUGUCUUGUGCUAUGGUGGGUGUGAGUUUUUCAAUGUUUGCUUUGAGGUCCUGACAUCAAGGAGUGUCCCAUCCUAGUCCCAGAUGGGCAGAUUUUCUGUAGGGUUGUAAUAUGGACACAGUUUCUUUCAUGUGUUCCUAGCAGGCCAGGCAGUUGUUGCUAGUCACAACAGCUUUGGUUCUGAUUGUGGAGGACUCAGGGUCUCCACCAAUCUCCCAUUGACGUUGAUGCUACAAUUCGCAUACUUGCAAGUAGCAGAAGGUGCAGAGGCACAAAGGUAUGUAGGUGCCUAAAGAUGUCGCAAAGCUGUUAGUGGGAUUUUUCAAAAGCUCCUAAGUAGGUGAGGCACCACUAGAAGUCAAUGGGAGUUAGAGAGGGGUUUACAAAAGCACCUCCCUGCAUAGUUAGGUUGAUCUGUACGUGCCUGACCCAUUCCUGCAGUUAGAUCAGUGUUUCUCAAAGUAGGCCGUGAGCUCACUUUGGAAAAGCUGCUAACGGGCCACUCUGGUUUGUUACUGGAAAGUCUCCAUACACGUGGAGCCUCGCCGCUCGCACUGGCAGUGGUUCUCUGUUUCCAGACAAGGGGAACCAUGGGAAAAAAAUCUUACAGAAAAGAAAAAAAGCUGCAGCUCCCUUUGGCUGGAAAUGGUGAACCGGAGCCAAUGAGAGCCGCGGCUAUGGGAUAGACAAACUGGAGUGACCCAUUUCAAGAUCAGGACCUCACUUAACAUGUUUUCUAACUGGGAACAAACUAUCACCUGUCAAAAGCAGUGAAUGCGGGAAAUCUUCAAGCUGGAUGUCUGCAUACCAUAGCCAAUAGGAAACUUGUGUUGUUUUUAAGGAGAAUGUGGUGAUGAUUUAUUUUUUACAAAAAGAGAGACAAGACUAAGUAUUAAAACAACAAAUGUUUUUUCCAGUUGGAAUAAAUGGAAAUACUGAUCCAAAGGGGGAAAUGA